AUGCCACCCUACACGGCUGCGCAGAAGCAGGCUAUCCAACAAUUUAACGCCCUGACUGAUACCAGGGACAGUGUGGCUGCCAAGUUCCUGAAGGGAGCGCAAUGGAACCUCGAGAGGGCUGUUGACGCAUACUAUGCCAGUCCUCAGCCAAACAGUGCCGGGCAAUCAAUGAUGCAGACCAUAAGCCUCAUCUUCGAUGGCUAUCGAGAGCACCCCAAGGACAGCCCUGAUACCAUCGGUAUCGAAGGAGCCAUGAAAUUCUUCAAUGACAUCAACGUCCAACUGGACGAAGUCGCCUGUAUCGGAGUCAUGGAGCUAUGCAAGUGCCCAGCAAUGGGUGAAUUCAACCGCAAUGAGUUCAUCGCCGGCUGGAGAGAGCUAUCAUGCGACUCAAUCCCCAAAAUGACUUCCCACGCCAAAACCAUCCGCACCACAAUCCCCACAGACCCCGACCUCUACCGCCGCAUCUACCGCUACGCCUACCCAAUCUCCCGCAUGCCGGGCCAACGCAACCUCCCCUUCGACCUCGCCGCCGAACAAUGGCGGCUCUUCUUCACCGCCGACCGCGGCGGUAUCCCCUGGAGCACGGCGAUGACCCCCUGGCUGGAGUGGUGGCUCGAGUUCCUGGAGAGCCGGGGCAAGAAGCCCGUUAAUAAGGAUCUGUGGGAACAGGUGGAGGUUUUCAUGCGGAAGACGAGGGAGGAUGAGGCGUUUGGGUGGUGGAGUGUUGAUGGGGCUUGGCCUGGGGCGUUGGAUGAUUUUGUGGCUUUUGUGCAGGGGAAGAGAGGGGAUGGGAGUGAGAUGGAGCUUUAG